AUGCCGGUUACAACUCGUGCUGCUGCAUUACGGUCUCAGAUCGCUGAAGAAACAACAUCGUCUACGAAACCAGUAGCAACCAAUAAAACAAUUCGAAAAUGCCGAUCACAAAUAAAGCAAAAACAACUUAAGGCACAGUCACCUGAAAUUUCUACAGAAUCAGAAAAACAUUCCUCAGUUGUACAACAAUUAGCAGUUCCACAGGUUGAAUCUGAAAUUGAAAUAGAUAAUCAUCGUGAUCCUGAAAAUAAAAGAUUAAUUGAAGGAAUUGAUAUAUCAAUUGAAAGUUUAUUUAUCGAUCAAGUACUAACAUUAUCACCAACAUCUGAAAAUAAAAUAGGUGAACAACAAAUAAAUAAAAAAUUAGCAUCAUCUCAUUCUGGUGAUCAUCAAUCAACAAUUUUGUCAUCAUCACCAGUAACACCGUCUGUUAUGAAAUCACCAACAUUGACAGUAGAAAAGGUAAAAAUUGACUAUUCUCUUUUAUCAUCGGACCAGGAUGAAGAUGAUAUUUAUCCUGGUGAUUCAAAUGCUAUUAUGAAUAAAACAGUGGAAAAGGGAGAGAUUAUUAGUGGCACAUCAACUCGAGGCGGUAAAAUGAUUUUUAUGAAUGAUUAUGGAUAUUUAUUCAUGAAUGAAACACAGAAUACUGUUGGUUGGAGAUGUGCACGGAGAGAUUUAAAUUGUAAAGCAGUAAUUUAUACAUUCAAAAAUACACAAGAAUUUAGCCAUUGGAACGGACAAGUUCAUAGUCAUUUACGUGAUACAGGUUAUACUCGAAAGUAUGAGAUUUUGUCAAAAAUAAAAAGUCUUGUUAUUGAUGUAUUCAUUCCUAUCAAAGCAAUUAUCGAAGAUGAAUAUCGAAAAGCUAAAUUAACAGCAGAAGAGAAACGAGUAACGCCUCUUCCAACACAAAUCGAAUCUGGUUUAUACAAAUUGCGUCGUAAAAGGUAUCCACCAAUACCUACUGAUCAAAAGUUUAUUAUUCCAGCUGUCUAUCAAGAGACAUAUUCUAAUUCAAGAUUUUUAAUAUAUGAUAAAAGAAAAAGUUCUUAUGGUGGUCGUUUAUUAAUUUUUGCAUCAGAUGAACAAUUAAAUGUAUUGUUCCAUUCUGAAGUGCUUUUUGCUGAUGGGACAUUUAAAGUGUCCCCAACCUUGUUUGAACAACUUUAUGUUUUGCAUGGUUUACAGAACGGAGAGGUUAUGCCAGUAUGUUUUAUUCUUACAUCAAACAGAAAGUAUGAUACGUACACAGCAAUUUUCAGAUCUUUAAAACGAACUGGAUUAAAAAUGGGUUUUGAUUUAAAACCUUCGACUAUCAUAUGUGAUUUCGAACAAUCAUUCAUGAAUGCAGUAACUAAUGAGUUACCACAAACUACUGUUACCGGUUGCUGGUUCCACUUUUGUCAGUCUUGUUAUAGGAAUAUUCAGAAGCUCGGUAUGAUGAAUUUGUACGAGGCUGAUGCUGAAUCGAGAGAGUUAUUACGUGGUUUUAUGGGUCUUGCUUUACUUCCUAUUGGUCGUAUUUUUGAAGGAUAUGAAAUUCUAAAACAAAGAGUAACAAGUUCGUCUCAAAGAAAAGAAUUAAAUGCAUUUGUUUCCUACUUUGAGCAUGAAUGGAUGCACGUUUUUAAACCUUCAACGUGGUCUGUCAACAGGAAUACGUGGCGAACAAAUAAUCAUGCUGAAGCACAAAAUAAACGUAUAUUUACACGUGUUGUCCAGCCACAUCCACACUUGUGGCGAUUUAUUCAAUGCCUAAAGCAGGAGGAAAGCGUGAUAUCUCACCGCAUGGUGCAAACUGGAUUAGGAUUUUCUUCUAUUCAAGAAAAAAAAUCGACACGUAAAGCAGCUCGUAAAAGUAAACAAAUUCAAAAAUUGUUGCACUUGUUAGAGUCAAAAGCAAGAUCAUUAGAUGAUACAAUCAAGUCUUUUGCUCAUCUUGUUGGCGAACCUGUUUGUCGAGGAAGAAAGGGAAAGAAGAAAAAAAAUAAUGUUUCAACAUCAGACUUAUCAAUUCUCUCGUCAGAUGAAUAUUAA